UCUCAGGCCCGUUAACUUUUAAAAAACGCCCCCAAUCACAUCCAUAUAUAAAAGAAGUCCCCAUAAAACCCUUCUCUAAAAUCCAAAGAGGUGAGUCAUUUCUUUUCUAGGGUUUGCAGAAUCCAAAAUCGCCGUAACACAACUCAGGAGCAGAAAUGGCGAGAAUCAAGGUUCAUGAGCUGAGGGAUAAACCAAGGGCAGAGCUGUUGAAUCAGCUCAAGGAUCUCAAGGCUGAGCUCGCGCUUCUUCGUGUUGCUAAAGUUACAGGCGGUGCGCCUAACAAGCUCUCCAAGAUUAAGGUGGUAAGAUUAGGGAUUGCGCAAGUUUUGACAGUGAUGUCACAGAAGCAGAAGUCGGCGUUGAGGGAAGCUUACAGUAAGAAGAAGUAUUUGCCUCUUGAUCUUCGUCCUAAGAAGACUCGUGCUAUUCGUCGCCGCCUCACGAAGCACCAGGCAUCUUUGAAGACUGAAAGGGAGAAGAAAAAGGAGAGGUACUAUCCCAUGAGGAAGUACGCCAUCAAGGUGUAGGCUAGGCAUUCCUAUAUCUAGGAGGAUUGUUAUAUUCCAUGGAAAUUUUGUUCAAAUGUUUGUUAAGCUUUUUAAAGCGAUUUUCAGUUACGAAAAUAGUCAGUUCUCUACCUUUUUAUUUCAUGUUGCAAGAGUUUUAUUUUCUUAAAUAGGAUUGUGGUUGUGAUCUAAAGAUUUUUGACACAGAAUGGAUGGUGAAAGUUUUCAACA